AUGUUGCAGAAUUUGAAUUUCAUCUCCGAUCAAUUGGACCCCACGUCACUUAUCAGACAUCGAUCUCUCACAUGUCCAGUCAAGACUCAAUCAACAAUCACUACUUCACAAAGAUAUCACCAUUCCGUACAAUGCAGAGGCAUUUGCCUUGACAGAAUCACUGAUUCCGGAGUAGACUCAUGGAAGAGGAAUAGAAUCAAUGAAACCAAUUUCACAGAAAGGCAUUCAGAAUCUUCAAAUAGAAUCUUCGUGAACAACAACGAGCAAACAAACAACGACCUCCUACAGAAUCUAUGCAAAAAAUGGGAAUUAAUAAAAGCAGCAAGAUUGGUAGCUGUAAUGACCCGUAGAAACCAAAUCCCACAUUUUGAUUCUUGCAUAAAGUUAAUCAGAGGCCUAAUAAAGAUCGAUUAUAUAGAUCGAGCUUCCGAGGUUCUAGAAUCCAUGGUUAUGUCUGGUGGUGUUCCAGAUAUCAUCACUUACAACAUGCUAAUCACUGGUUUAUGCAAGAACAAACAAAUAAUUUCUGCUAUUAAUCUUCUAGAAAGUAUGAGCUCAUCUGGUUGCCCUCCAGAUGUGAUUAGCUACAAUGCUAUAAUUCGAGUCAUGCUUGAACAUGGCUACAUUCAGCAAGCUGUUUCAUUUUGGAAAGAUCAGUUAUCAAAAGGGUGUCCUCCUUACACUAGUACAAUCACUGUUCUUGUUGAGUUAGUGUGCAAAUCACGUGGGGUUAUAAGAGCUAUUGAAAUUUUACAAGAUUUGUCAAUCGAUGGAUGUUAUCCUGAUCUUGUGACAUAUAAUGCUAUGAUUAAUGUCACGAGUAAAAGAGGGGAUUUUGGUGACACUAUUUUGAUUCUACAUGAUCUUUUAUCUCAUGGUAUGAAGCCGAAUACAGUCAUGUAUACGACUCUUCUCCAUUCUUUUUUUAACCAUGGUUACUUGGAUGAGGUGGAUGAGAUUAUUUCUCUCAUGAAUGAAGCUUCACAAUCUCCAACUAUGGUGACUUACAAUAUUUUGAUAAGGGGUUUUUGUAAACACGGGUUUCUUGAUCGUGCGAUUGGCUUUUUCAAUGAAAUGGUUUCUUCUAAUUAUACCCCUGAUAUAAUCACUUACAACACGCUUUUACGUGCGAUUUGUGAUGAAGGAAUGACGGAUGUGUCCCUGGAGAUUUUGAACUGUUUGGGAGACAAAGACAGUAAUACCCCUCCGAGUCUUGUAACUUACAACAUUGUGAUUGAUGGAUUGGCGAAAAGGGGUAAUAUGGAGAAAGCGGUUGAUUUGUAUCAGAAAAUGAUGAAGGAAAAGGAUAUUGUUCCUGAUGAUGUUACUCAUAGAUCCUUGAUUUGGGGGUUUUGUCAUGCUGAUAUGGUUGAUGAAGCCAUGGAGAUUUUAAAGGUGAUGGAUAGAAAGAACCAUAGGGCAACACAUAGUACUUAUAAGUAUAUUAUUCAUAAGCUAUGUGAAUGUAAGAAAGUAGAAGGGGCAAUUCAGGUAUUAAAAAUGUUGGUCUCAAGCCCAUACAAGCCGUAUAGCGAAAAGUUUUAUUCUGAUAUGCUUUCAGGUUUAGCUACAAAUGGUAUGAACAAUGAAGCUAAAGAACUACAUCAGAAACUGAUCGAAUGGAAAGCUGUUUAA